ACGUCGGUUGUCAAGUAGGGUUGAACGGAUUUCCAUAUUUUGCCAAAAAAGAACUGUUUAUCAUUUUCAAUAUGUUAUAAUGGUAACUUACCGGUAACUAUUUUUAAUUGAGUAUGCUUUCUAAGGAUACACCAAAACUUACCAGUUUUGAGUGAAUUCCUAUUUAACCAAUGUACCUAUUACAUUUUUGACUAAAAUUAAUUGUUACCUAAAAUUAGUAAAAUACCUACAUAAGUUAGCUUAAUAGGUCUCAAAACUGUUUGGGCUGUUUGGGUUUUAGUUGGUUUUUUCACAGUGUUUCUUGGCAACAAUUUUUUGCUAUCGCUUCAUCAACAGAAUGCCAGGCCCGCUCCAUGAAUCAUGACAUUACCUUACAAACAACACAAGUUUGAUGAAUCCUAGUAGGCCUAUUCCACAGCCUAUUAAUUGGCAAAUAAGAAACGGGGCAAAAGUUUUGAUCUUAAGUUGGAAAUAAUGUAUAAUCAUACCUCUAAUGCAUUAAAGCUGUCAUCAGCUGUGUCUCGGCCGGAUUCUGCUACGACAUCCUCGUUGUCUGCUGCUUUGUUGUUGGUUUCUUCACCCUGCAAAACGUACCUAAUACUGUAACCUUAGUAGGCUCUCAAGCAUCAAGAAUGCUUUUUCAAAUCCUUGGAAAUUGCUUUUUGCAGGUUUUCAGCAUCUACUGUCACAACUUUAUUUGUCACGUUAAACCUGCCAAGAACACUUAAUAAUGCCUCUGAGAUGUCCCCAGUGUGAGACAAUUUCAUCUCUUCCGUUGCCAAUACAACUGAAUAUGGUUUGAAAUCGUUAAUGAAAUGGCCUGUUCAACCAACCUCUCUUUGCCACCAACAGCUACCAAACUUUAGUGAUAGACCAACUGAGUAGCCUAUGUUAUUUUUUUCUUCCUUUUUUUUCACAAAGUAAAAAGCAAUAGAUACAAAAACAAAGAUUGGUGAGGACAACAACGUUAACAUAGCGAGAAAUAACAUUUAUUUGAAUUCUUAUAACAAAAACUGUUAGUCUUUACCGACAAAGGUGGAGUAGGAAUCAGGUUACUGAUGAGCUUCUUUCAGUUGAUAAAAAAAAAUGUUGAGAAGGGGAUGGAACUUUUUGUACGAGGGGCAAUUGAAGCGAUGGUUUCACCCACAAGUGAAAGGGUGUCUUCUCUAAUGCUUUUCUCUUCACUUUGCAUAUUUUGAUUGCUGCUAAACUCCUCUCCCACCCCUGAUACAGCUCGCCAAACCCCUGAUUUCUUCUUCUAUCUUCGUUCGUGCUCUUUUUUCACCAAUUCAAUGGCUUCUUCUAAAUGCUCAGCGAUUAGGCCUGAUCAGAUGUUAAACUGCAUCUCAGCAGAUGACCCUUCCAGGUCCAGAUCCCCCAAUCGUUCCCUGAGGUCCUUCAUCCGCUCCACAUCUGAUGCUCCAUUAAAACCGCUACUCGUCCAAUGGGCCACAGCUUUGCGAGUCUCGUCGGUGUACUUGGUGUUCUCACAAGCGGCUUGAAGAGCCAUUGCCUGUCACUCGAACCAAGAACGGGGCUGCACCAGUCCAGCACUGAGAGUGGAAUCCACAUCUUUUUGGAUCGCUUUCCAAAUUUCCUUCUUACCAAAGUACUUUGGGAUAUAUUUUGAUGGGUCCAAGUGAUCUUAAUGGCAAAACACAGCCAUAUGACCAGGUUUCAUCUACUGUCCAAUGUUGCAACCAUUGAACAGUCUCUAGAUGAUCAACUUAGAAGUUUUUGUGAAUUAGAAGAAAUUCCAGUCCAUGCAUCAGUUAACCCUGAAGAGGAAAAAUGUGGGAUGAUCUAUUGUAAUGCUGUAAAACAGGACCAGGAAAAAGAUACAUAGUUCCGCUCCCUUUUAAAAACGAAGAUCCCAAGAUUGGAGAGUUGUUUGGGAACAUGAAGUCAUCGAUCAAAGCUAUGAAAAGAAUAAUCAAAUAUAUAAAGUCUAUCAAAAACAUGGUGUAGCACAAACUAUUAUGUAUCAGAAUAUGUCCAGUCACUAUUGCCAGAUCUAUUUUGCUAAACCACGCAUAGACACUAGCCCACCUUUUUCUCACAGACCUAAGCUACAUAAUACAUCUAAACAUCAUACUUGGAAUAAAAAAGAAAGUGAAUUUGUUCUACAGAAGCAGAGCAAGUCAUCAGUUUCCUCGAGCUCAACCCGAGAUGGCUCACAACCACGGCUACCUAUGUGAAACUCACGAGGUUAUUACUCAGGACGGUUUCGUACUGAGUGUCCACAGACUACCAGGUGGUCGGGUCAGCAAAAAGAACGCUUCAUUGACACCCGUCCUGCUUCAGCACGGCUUGCUAGACAGCUCCGCUGACUGGCUCAUCGCUGGUCCCGGAAAAGCUCUAGGGUAUGUUUUGGCAGACCAGGGAUAUGACGUCUGGAUGGGUAACGCUAGAGGUAACAUCUACUCAAGGAAACACCAAACCCUACAUCCUGAUAACACCAGGUUCUGGAACUGGACAUGGCACGAGAUGGGCACCUACGACUUGCCAGCUGUGAUAGACCACAUUCUGAAUGUGACCGGUCACAGACAAAUCUACUAUGUUGGUCAUUCUAUGGGAACAACCAUGUUCUUCGUUCUCUGUUCCAAGCGGCCUGAAUACAACGGAAAAGUAAAGUACAUGGCGGCCAUGGCCCCUGUUGCCUACAUGCUUCAUACUACAAGUCCGAUAAGAUAUCUCUCAAGAUUCGCUCAUAGCUUUGAGAUAAUCUACGAUUACUUUGGCCACGGGCAAUUUCUACCGAGGAAUCAAUUUGUUGACGACAUUCUCAAAGCUGCUUGUGAAAUGUUCGAGUUUGAAGAGAAGAUAUGUGAGAACUGGCUUUUCGUCAUAUGCGGACAUGAUCCUGCUCAGUUUGAGAAGAAACUUCUGCCGCUUAUUUUGGGGCACAAUCCAGCUGGAACCUCUACCAAAACCCUCGUCCACUAUGCUCAAGAAAUAAAGUCUGGGAAAUUCCAACAAUUCGACUAUGGUAGUUCCAAAAACCUUGUGAAGUACAACACCACCGAUCCACCACAGUACAAUCUGUCGCUAGUUACUGUACCAAUAUCUCUGCAUUGCGGGGACAACGAUCUCCUUGCCAACCUGCUUGACGUACAAGAGUUGUUCAAAGGUCUGGCCCAACCUGUAGGAAUGUACCUGGUCAACUUUAAGGGGUGGAACCAUCUGGACUUCUUGUGGGGACGAGACGCGCCAACGCUGGUAUACGAUCAGAUAGACAAGCUCUUCAGACGCUACUCUCAUCCAGUAGAGUUCUGACGGAAACUAAUCCAACAGCCAACAACUCCGACAACAGUCAUCUGACGACCAACCUAACGAUUGCAGAGAUUUCUCUGACACAGGGUCGCUUUAGAAAAUGGGCUCGUGUCCAAUAUCACAGCGGAUUUAGGUCUAUUGUAUGGCCUUUAAUGAUUUUCGUUACAUACGCUUUUUCUUCUUUUUCUUUAUAUCUUAAAAUUAAUAGGUUGUGUCAAAGAAAUGGGUUGCUUAUUCUUAAUGUUUUGCAAACUACAUAAUGAGGAAGAUGUUGCUUAGAAAGUAUAGUAAAGUAUCUUAAUUUUCUUAUCACGAUAUGUAUAAAUCUUGAGUCUACUUCAGUUUUAAUGUACCAUCAUACAAUAAUGUUUUUGUAAAUUAAUAUUCUUCGGUUUGUAAAUUAACGGACACAAGUUCUAGUUGAGGCUCAGAUUGUUGUCCUACUUUUAUGAGCAAAAUCUACUUAAUAUGUUAUUCAAUAAAUAAAAUUUAUGGCUGAA